UUAUUGACGAAAGGAUAAGUAGUAUCUUGGCAAGACUCAGUCAAUCGGGUGCAUCCCUCGCGAACUCCUCGCCGGGCAGAAUGACGAACUGGUGGCUCGUGCUCGUGGUGGUACCGCUGGUACAAAGUGCUCAUGUAGCUAAACUCAACAUGGUACAAAGCGAAGGGAAUUACUCGCAACAGACGACUUUCUGGUUCAAUCAGACGACCGAACACGUCCUGGUCUUCCCAACUUCGGAUUCUAUAUACCCCUAUCGAAUCAAAGCGUGGAGCACGAAUGCUAAAAUAAAAACUCCUGUGCUGGUGGUGGUACGACAAGAACGCGAAGUACUAUCGUGGCAAAUUCCUUUCGUCGUCGAUAGUUCGAAUAAACAAGAUGUGGUACAUUUUCACAACACGUCGAGGACUUUGUGCCAUAAUCAUAUGCCCGAAAUUACUAAAACUAAUACACAUUCAAGGUUAAUGAUGAAGGACCUAUCACAGAAUUUUAUCGUCGCUUUAUCCACGUCUUCUGCCAUUAACAUAGACAUCACGAUUGUGGUGGAAGAAGAAAAGAACUUUUACUUAACCGAAGCACAAGAGUACUCAGUUUCGGUAUCACCAAGUGAGCCGAAAUACUACUAUUACAAGUUUUUCAACGACACUAAGUCGACAAGUGCGAUUAUCGAAAUUGUUUCCGAUGACGAUAUCUGCUUGACUGUGUCAAUUCAGGACAGCUACUGUCCCGUUUUUGAUUUAGACAGAGACAUCAAGUAUGAAGGUAAAUACCAGACAAUAAAUCGCAAAGGAGGGAUGAGCAUUAGAAAACGCGAAUAUCCUGAUGGAUUCUUCCUAGUUUUCGUUGCAAAAGCCGACAAUUAUCAAUGUAGCCAAGAAAAUUCUGUCCUUCCACGAGAAACUAAAAGCACAAUCAUCACUUCUUCUAAUCGUACUUCCACGAUUCGCUUUACUAUUAACAAAGGCAUCAACGGUAAAGAUUACGGUAUCGCAUCUCUUGCCACUGUUGGAGCUAUUGGUGUCUUCUACAUUUUCGCAAUUAUAAUGGUGUUUGCUUUUACUCGAUGGGGCACUAUCUCAAAUUUCGUCAAAACGCGAAUCAAAGACGAACACGACAGUUCGCUUUUUUUCGACGACGAAAUAGUACCUGAGCCUGUUAUAUCGGAAGAAGAUCGAAAAGAACUGCUCAAAAAAGAGAGACUUACAGUGAAUCUUCUAGCCAAAGCGCCAACGAAAGAUCGGAGAAGAGCAUAUAAUUACUUGUGGCACAUACUCAGCAUUGCCAUUUUCUACAGCAUUCCUGUGGUACAACUAGUAAUUACGUACCAAAGAGUUGUUAACAGGACGGGCGACCAAGAUAUGUGUUACUACAAUUUCCUCUGUGCUAAUCCGGCUUUCGGUCUAAGCGACUUUAACCAUAUUUUCUCGAAUGUGGGGUAUGUUUUCAUGGGGAUUUUGUUCCUAGGGGCAGUACUACAUCGUCAUGCCAAAAUUCCCAGCAACUGUACUGGUGUACCUGUUCAUUACGGCGUGUACUAUGCGAUGGGUAUUGCUCUAACCAUUGAAGGUUUGCUCUCUGCAUGCUACCACAUCUGUCCUAGUCAAUCAAACUAUCAAUUUGAUACUAGUUUCAUGUAUGUGAUGGCAGUACUCUGUAUGAUUAAAUUGUACCAAAAUCGUCACCCUGACGUUAACGCCACCGCUUAUGCUACAUUUACUGUAUUAGGAAUGGCGAUCUUUCUAGCAAUGGUUGGCAUUCUUAAUGGUAGUUUAACCGUAUGGAUUGUGUUUGUCGUCAUUUACUCACUAUUGUGUGCCUACAUCUCCUUCAAAAUCUAUUUCAUCAGCUUUGUCUUUGUUGGUUUCAAGCAGUUAAAGAAAAGUUUCAGAAGUUCCGAAGACAAAGUAGAAGCGAUUGCUCCCGUUAAGAAAAGUCGCUUUAUUCUCUUAAUAGUAGCCAAUCUAGCCAACUAUGCUAUGUUGAUAACAGGGCUUUGUCUUUACAACUCAGGAGUUACCGAUUUUGGUACUUUCCUUUUGGGAGUUCUUAUGGGGAAUUCGGUUUUGCAUGCAAUUUUCUAUACAGGCAUGAAGCUAGUCCACGGGGAACGAAUUUGUUUCGAAGCUAUCGUGUAUGGUCUUUUGGGAAUUGUGGCGUGGGCCGGCGCUGGAGUAUUUUUCUUAGACAACGCAACAUUGUGGACGGUGACUCCUGCGGAAUCCCGUCAGUGGAAUCAAGAGUGCAUCUUGAUGAAUUUUUACGAUAAACAUGACGUCUGGCAUUUAGUCAGUGCUCCUGCUCUUUACCUUACUUUUAUGUAUUUAUUAUGUUUGGAUGAUGAUCUAGUGGAAACGAAGCGUGAAGAAAUUACUGUAUUCUAAACGAAUAAAUUAUUUUUUACUUUUUAAAA